ACAAACAUCCCUAAAUACCAGAUCAAAUUAACCAAUUAAGAUGGCAGGCUCUUCUUCUGGCUCUCCAUGUGGAGCUUGCAAGUUCUUGAGAAGAAAAUGUCUGAGAGGCUGUGUUUUUGCACCUUAUUUCUGCCAUGAACAAGGUGCUACCCACUUUGCUGCCAUUCACAAGGUUUUUGGUGCAAGCAAUGUCUCAAAGUUGCUUGCUCAUCUCCCUGUGAAUGAUCGGUGUGAAGCCGCCGUCACGAUCUCUUAUGAAGCUCAAGCUAGGGUUCAAGAUCCCAUCUAUGGUUGUGUUUCACAUAUCUUUGCUCUCCAACAACAGGUUGUGAAUCUUGAAGCACAACUAGCCUCUCUCAAGCAACAAGCGGCUAGAACAUUUGUGAACGGCACGGGUGCCAUAAACCCUAAUGAGAGAUUCUAUGGAGAACAUGCUUCUUCUCACACACAAGAUCAUGUUCAAAGCUGGAUUCAUCAUCAGCUAGAGAGUAGUUCAGAAAUGGUGCCACAAUUCAACAUUCCAAACCUCACCAACAACAUUAGUACUCCACACUAUGAAAAUGCACUUCUUGAUCCAAAAGACAAUGUCUCGUUGGACGGCUUCGAAGAGGGUUCGAAUUCGAAUGGUGUGCAAACAAACAGCUGCUGGAAUUUCCAUGACAGUGCUAGGGAUGAUCUUCAAUCGGUGGCGUUUGGUUACAUGAGACAUUCAUGAAGAGAUCGAUCGAUCGUAUAUAUUAUCGGUCCAUGGAAUCAAUAUUUUUUGUAGGCAACUGUACGUACUGGAGAUUGAUUGCAGGGAGUCUUAAUUUCUUAAAUAUAACUAGAAUUACUGAAUUGAUUGAGCUUCCUCCUUAAUACUGCUGAAGGAGUUUUAGCUUGAAGAACAAAGUACAAUAUAUUUUAUGAUCUUAUGAUUAGGGUUUUGAAUGCAUAGAGCUUUUUAGUCCCAUCUUGUUCAAUAUGCAAGUGGUUUGUACACAAUGA